UACAGAAGAAGCGGCCAAAGUGUGGCACAAAUAUCUGAAAAAAAGUGCUGCUGCUGCAACUUUGGGAAGCAGAGGGAAGCUACUAAAGCAGAGCUAAAAGGAAAAUGUUUUAAAUCAGGCUCUACAUUGCAAAAACUUGUUAAUGAUGCGAAGCACUGUUUUUACAGUGUUAACUGACGCCUGGGUUAGUGCUGAAAAAUUGUUAAUCAUGUGAUAAGAGUUUGAAAUUUGAAAUACACAAUUUAAGAAGGUAGUAUCUGUUAAACAGCACAUCGUAGAAUAUACAUACACAAAAGAGGGUGAAUAUAAUAUAAUAAUUAUAACUUUCGAUAAUUUUGUUGAUGAAUAAUACAGCAAAAUAACCAACUAUGUUAUUA